AUGCUGGAUGCUGAUAUUAGAAGAUUGAACGAAAGCACUGAUGAUGGGGAUGCCGCUGCAGAUGGCGACGAUGCUGGGGAUGAUGGGGAUGACGCUGGCGAUGAUGCGGGUGACGACGGGGAUGCAUCAGCUGAAGAGACGACAGUGUCUCAGCAGUGCAGCUGGGGGAACCCAACCAUCGCGGAUUACUUCUAUGACAUUUCUCAGUGCAGUCAAUCAGGGUCUCUCGUCUAUCGGCUCAGCAUGCUCUAUGUCUACUUUGCUGGUUGCUCUUUUGCGGUGUCUACAAUCUUCGGGCAAAUCGUACGCUUGUUGCUGAACCCGGAGCCAUGGUUCUUCAAUCCGCAGUCCGCGGAUGAAAAUUUCAUCUUCAAAUUCUUGAGGCUAGUAGCUCCUUAG